CGGUGGGAGGCUGGACAGACCCCCGUGAGCAUCACCAAGGAGCUACACACACACACACCGUGACUGCCGGGGCAGCUGCCUCCCAUCAACAUCACUCUGGGGCUGGAGGGCAGACCCCCACCCCAAUAUCACUACUGGGGGGUCAGUAAUCCCCCACAUCGCCCUCCUGGGAGUGGAUUAACCAGACCAGAAAUACUGGGAGAGCAGAUGGACCCCCCAACACGACCGAAGGAGAAGCAUCCCCCCAUCAGCUCGGGGAUGCUGCCAGAGCCAGCCUCCUGCACUGCAAAAGGGGGCAGUGGAGCAGGCAGCGCUCACCCCCCGUGGGGCUGGGGUGUACUGGGGCUGGGGGGAAACUCUCCCCUCCCUCCUUAUCCCUGCAGCUUAAGGAGGGGUGUUUGCCUAUGAAGGACCGCCAAGCAGGUGGGAUGGGGGCUGCAGGAAAAGAGGGGACCAUUUUUAAAGGUCCCCAAAGCAUUGGGGAGGAUCAAUGGUUGACAGAUCAGGGUGCAGGAAGGAGAGGGGGGCAGUUCUGUGGGUCCUGAUGGAAGCAGGGGAGAUGGUGCUGGGGUCUCUGCAGCAGGAGGGGAAGUACGAGGGGGCAGGACACAGCUGGGCUCACGGAGUCCUGGGGGGACAGUAAAGUGUGGGGGGGUUUGCUGAUCAGCAUGGCCAGAGGCUGCUGGGGUCUCUGCGGCAGGCAGAAACGGGAAAGGAGAGAGGUUGAGGGGGCCAGGAAGGCUGUUCUGGGGAUCCUCGGGUACAGAAAGGAUUGUUUAUCCUCAAUGAGAAGGGGGCAGUCCCGGGGGGUCCCAGGGGCACCGUGGAGGCGCUGGGGGACAGUCCCGGGGCAGCCCCCGCGAUGCUGCAGGGCAAUCCCAGGGGCAGUCCCGGCAUGAGGCGGGGGCUGGUGCAGGGGGAACAGCGUGGUGGUGUCUGGAGCAGGGAUGGGGGAGCCUGGGCUUCUGGGGGCGGGUGUCAGUCACGGAGCUGGGGAGGCUCAGGGUUGCCGGGGGACAGUGCUGGAGCUGAUGUAGGGCAGAGAUUCUGGGGAUGCUGGCGGCAGUGCCGGGGGUGGCAGGGGACAGCGCUGGGGAUGCAAGGCAGAGCCGGGAGCCGCAGGAAUGCGGUGGGGCAGUGCUGGGGAUGUUGCAGGGCAGAGACAGGGGGUGCCGUGGGGCAGAAGUGGGAAUACAAAAGCAGAAUCGGGAGUCUGGGGAUCUCGUCAGGCGAUAUUGGGGGUGCCAGGGAUGCACUGCCCGAUGCCGGGAAUGCCGGGGAAGCAAGGGCAGAAUCCUGGAUCCUGGGGUUGCUGUGGGAAGGUGCUGGGGGUGCAAGGGCCAGUGCCGGGGAUGCCGGGGGGCAGUGCCGGCAAUGCUGCAGGGCAGAUCCGGGGACGCUGCAGGGCAGAGCCAGGGAUACUGCAGGGCAGAGCCGGGGAUUCCAGGGCACAGCCGGGGAUUCCAGGGCACAGCCGGCAAUGCAAGGACAGAUGCGGGGGUCCCGGGGAUGCCGUGGGGCAGCGUCAGGGAUGCAGGAGGCAGUGCCGGGGACGCUGCAGGACAGAUGGGGGGUUCCGAGGAUGCCGUGGGGCAGAGCCGGGGAUGCGGGAGUCAGCACCAGGUAUAAAAGGACAGAUCCGGGGGGCUCGGGGAUGCCGUGGGGCAGUGCCGGGGAUGCAGGAGUCAGCACCAGGGAUGCCGGGGAUCCUGCAGGGCAGAUACGAGGGUCCCG